CAGCUGGGACCUCGUAUGGCUCGUUCGGCGCCGUACGAGCUCCUAGGUCGCCUCCGCACCCCCGACCCCCGUGGCCUGAACCCCGCAGCGGGGAAAGGAGGCGAGGGAGGCGGCCGCUCUUCUCCUUCCGGGCGAUGGAGGGCGGGCUGGGGCGGGGCCAAGAUGGCGGCGGGGUGGCUGUGGCGGCGGCUCUGUCAGGGAUCAGCUUUUCCUGUCAGUAAUGCAAGCAGAAUUAUGCAAAAGCAGUAUUUUCUUCCGAGCUCCAACUUGAUGGGAGCACGGCUGGCUGGAUCCCAUGGUGAUACACAGGAGCCUAAGAUUAAUCCUUUGGUAUCUAUUUCAGAUGAGCCAGAAACACUGUACAAGAGAGUGUCCAUUUUAGUUAAAGGCCACGAUAAAGCUGUGUUGGACAGCUAUGAAUAUUUCGCAGUGCUUGCAGCUAAAGAACUUGGCAUCUCUGUUGAAAAAGUAGAUAAACCCCCAAAGACGAUAGAACGACUUACACUUCUCAAAUCCGUACACAUUUACAAGAAGCACAGAGUUCAGUAUGAAAUGAGAACACAUUACAUGUGUUUAGAGUUAAAAUACCUAACAAGCAGUACUGCUGCAGUUUACUUGGAGUAUGUACAACGAAACUUACCUGAAGGGGUUGCCAUGGAAGUGAAAAAGACUAAGAUAGAGAGAAUACCUGAACACAUUCAGAAACCUGUUUGGGAUACACUGCCUCAAGUAGAAGAAACUGAAGUAAAGUCAUGAGCACACCAGGUACUUGGCUCCAUUAGUACUGAAAUUCAUUGCUCCUAUCAGCCUAAUUUACUGAGACAGUCCAUCGUUAAAUAAAGGUUCUCUUGUAAAGAAAUUA